AUGCGUCUAAAGCUUAUACCCCUGCUCUUGUGGUUGUCUGGGCUGUCUUUCCAGCUUCAAGUUGCGUCUACAGCUACGACGACGCAACGUUGCUCUUCUGUGGCGUCCUCUGCCACGGCUACAGCUUCAUUUAGCGGGAGUGGGAGCUCGGUCGCGACUGGAUCUUCAUCUGCCGCAUCGGCGUCGAGCACGCAUCACAGCAGCAGUGGGAACAAUAGCGACGAUGAUGAUGACGACAAGAGCUCUCCCGACAGCGGCGACAACGCACGUCGAAACCUCGACUUCAUCCAGUGUAUCGAGACAGUAGAGAGCGGCGGAAGCGGACUUAGCAAAGGGGCCGUAGCAGGAAUCGUGAUCGGUUUCCUCGCACUCGCUGCAGCUCUGGCGGCCCUGGCGUACAUGUACUGGCGUAAACGUCGCGCAGCACGUCGACAGGCCAUCAUGCUCGCUUCGGGCCAACCUAGUCCCAAGACCAAGUUCCUUUCCGCGCUGCCCAGCCACACGAGGGAAACGAGCCACGCCCAUUCUUGGGCGCCUCUCUUGGGCGGCACGGCCGCAAGAAGGCAGGACCGAGAAGCCGCGGAUGCCGAUGCUGCUUCGCCCACCAGUGACACGGAUAGAGAAUUCAUGUCGAUUCCUGUCUUCGAGCGCGAGUUGCCUCCCACGCCAAGUGGGAUUUCUGCGCGCACUACUGCUCCGAGCGCUUCGACGUCCGCUGCUCUGCUUGCUCCGGGAUUGGGUUCUGUGGGCGGAAGCACGACCACGCGCCGGUCUGCGCUGCAUUCGGAGAUGACUGCGUAUCAGAGAGAUCUGAAGGGCGACUUGCGGUCGGGCGGGAGCGUGGGGCAUUCGAGCAUCGGGCAUAGCGUCGUGCCGUCGACCACAGACGCUUCGGGUUCUAGCUCGGGACGCACGUCUGCACUCCACAACGAGAUGGAGGUGUAUCAGAGAGACUUGAAAUCGGGUGUCGCCGUGCAGGCCGGCCAGAACGGUCUGAGCGCUGCACCGAGCGCGUCGAGUGCCGCGGUGGCGAUUGCUUCGGGCUCGGGCUCGGCUUCGGGAGGUGGAGGCGCUUCGCGUCGUUCAUCUCUGCAAUCCGAGUUGACGGAGCAUCAAGUGAACCUCAAAGCUGAGGCAAGGAGGGAGAGGGAGAGAGAAGAGGGGCCAGUUGAGCCGCCUCCGGAAUACAGCUUUGACUAG